UGCUUGCUUCCUACCGCCAUCAUUACCCCCUGUCCCUGUGUCUCCUGACGGCAUGGCUUGGCGAAGUCACGGCAAAACUAACGUCGAGUUGAUCUCGAACAUGGCACGCAAUGGAAUUAUCGAGGCCGACCGCGUCAUCAAUGCGAUGAAGAAAGUGGAUCGCGCAAAUUAUGUCUUGGAUAAGAGUAAGGCUUACGAAGACAGGCCUCAGUCCAUCAGGUACGAUGCAACAAUCAGCGCGCCCCAUAUGCACGCAUACGCAUCGGAGCACCUCUUGCCAUACAUCAAGCCCGGCGCGCGCAUUCUCGACGUCGGUAGCGGCUCUGGCUAUCUGACCGCUGUUCUGUACCACCUCGCAAGCGAGGAUCCAUCUCGACCCGGGAAGGUCGUCGGCAUCGAGCACGUACCCGAGCUCGUCCAGUUCUCUAUAGAAAACCUGAAGAAGGACGGGCUCGGAGACGCUUUGGAGAGCAAGGCUAUCGAGAUGAUCGCGGGGGAUGGCAGACAGGGCUACGCAGCAGGCGGGCCGUACAACGCUAUCCAUGUCGGCGCGGCAGCACCCGAGCUUCCACAGCCGCUGGUCGAUCAGCUUGCCUCGCCUGGGCGCAUGUUCAUCCCGGUGGGCGUGGACGCGCAGUACAUCAUGCACGUCGACAAGGAUGAGAAUGGAAAGGUCACACAGAGCCAAGUCAUGCCAGUGCAGUACGUGCCGCUGACAGGGCGCCCGGCAGCUUCGCCAUGAAGGUAGUUAACGAGUGUGGGCAAAGAGCCUGAUCAUAUUUUGUU